AUGGAGAAGCGUACCCGACGUCUGGGCCACAAAAAAUCCAGGAAUGGCUGUCUCCGUUGUAAGGCUCGCCGUGUCAAGUGUGACGAGAACCGACCGUGCCAUAGAUGCGUCGCCCAUGGCACACAUUGCAGUCUUCUAGAUCCCCUCCCGUCUGCGACGGCGCCACCUACGCCACCCGCGAGCUACAGGUCUGUAGGGCAACAUGUCCCGAUCCAAGCGUCCCUUGUGAUGCGAGAACCACCACCGCCGCCAAUGACAGCCGCCGCGAGCGACACAAGUUUUACACCGACAGCAGUGAGCACGUCACCAUACUCAGGUGACCCAGAACUUGAUUCCCGCCCUGCCGCCGACGCCGCAGCAGACCCUCUAGACCUUUCUGAGGAUUGGUUACAGAGUCUGCGUCUGAUGCACCACUACAGCACCGUUACGAGCAACACUCUCAAAGACUCUUGCACCGAAGAGCUGUGGAAGACGGCUAUACCCGAGAUGGCAUGCUCCCAUAAAUUUCUCAUGCACGGCCUCCUUGCCGUUGCCGCCCUCCAUUACGCCCAUGUCCACCCGGAAGAGCGUAGAAAGUGGGACAUCAUCUCGGUGCACCAUCAGAACACUGCGCUGCGGUUUUUUGCGACCCGACUGAAUGACAUUGACAAGACUAACUGCGAGGCCUACUUCUUCCUUGCCUCGCUUAUCUUCAUCGUGAGUAUCUAUUCAGUGGCCCACGCCGACACCAUCGGCCGACCGGUGGGUCUCGGCGACGUUGCACAGUCCUUCCGGUUCCUCCACGGCGUAAAAGGUAUUCUAGAUUUUCAGCCUUUGGAUGAAUGGAGACAACGAGGCGGGCCGCUUGACAUGCUGCUGCGCAUACCGCAGGUCGCUCCCGGCAUCAAAGCCGGAAGUGUGUUUCAAAAGAGGCUAGACAUCGUGACCAACCUCGCGAGGGAGGUUCCCGCGACAUUCCACGACGUAAUCAACGAGCAGACCGUCUGUGUCCUAGCGCUUGAGUCUCUGCGGAGAUCGCACCAGCUGGUCAAGACCGAGGGAAACACGCCAGGUGGCGUUUGGGGCUGGUCGGUCACUUUGCCCGCUCUCUUCAUCGACAUGAUUGGCAACGAACACCCAACCGCGCUGGUGAUUCUGGCCCACUUUCUCGCGCUGUCUAGGCUUUGCGAGCAUGGAGACUGGGCCUCAGGGGGAUGGAGCAAGGGCGCCAUGCUCAUGAUUGAUGAAGUCAUUGAUGAUAAAUGGCGUCCCUGGAUUGAGUGGCCCAAGAAAAGCGUGAUGGAACAGAUUGACGUUGAUGAUAUGGAUCCUUGA